GAAAAAGAAGAAGAAGAAGAAGGCUCGCGCGUCCCAAAUGGCGGGUGGCGUCUGGCGGGCCUCGGCUACGAUGUCAUUUCUCCCUGCGGUGUUUCCCGUCUCCUGAACCAGUGACGCUCCCUUCAGCCUCAUCCACCUGACAACCUGGCGCCAAUAAUAAUAAUAGUCUCCCGGCGUGAUGGAGCCCGACUUCCCGUGGACUGAUGACCAUAUCUACUGCUUCAUACAGGCCCGUGCCCGCUACAAGAGUCACAGCAGCGACACCCCAGAUUAUGUUUUCUUAUCAAUUGUUGAGGAGCUGGGCCUGGCAGGUCAGGCCACAGCCAAUCAAGCACGGAGACUGUGGGACUCCUUGGUCACUAAGUACAAGGAGCUGAGUCAGCCUUCACUAGAGCCAGAGGAUGCAGCACCACCCUCCUGGCCAUUCUUUGCCACUAUGCAUGAUGCCCUGCUGACCAUGCCACCCUCUGUCCUUCCCUUGCCUGUACCUGAGGAGCUGGAGGGUGGCGGGGCAGAGGUGGAAGCAGGGACCCUCGAUGAAGCCUUCCAAGAGGGACAAACAAUAGAAGAAAUGGAAGAGGAGUUUGAGGAGGAUGAGGAUGACGAGGAGGAAGAGGAUGAGGAGGACGAGGAAGAGGAUGAAGAUGAGGAGGAAGAUGAGGAGGAUGAAGAUGAUGGAAUGAUGGAUGAUGAUGAAAAUGUGGGAGGAGAGAGCUUUGAGGAGGACUCCCAGGAUAUGAAUGUUUGCCCUGGGGAUGACAUCUCCCAAGGUGCUGUAGACCCAGUGGAUGUGGAUGAAGUGUGGACAGAGGCCAGGACAGUGCGUUUCAUUGAACUGCGAGGGGCCAAGGAGGCGGACAUUAUCACUCUGGGACCAACACCUGUGUUUGCCGAGAUCUUGGAAGAGCUGGGCAUGUCUGAGGAAGUGACAGUGGCUCAGGCGCGGAAAAAGUGGACUCAGCUUGUUCGUCGCUAUCUAGAGCUUAAGGGACCAGACAAUGACGAGAACAAGGAUGAGAGGAGGAACACCAGCCUCAUCACCAGUGACUUGGUGGAUGGCAGUUGGCCGUUCUUCUCACCCAUGCACAGCGUCAUGGAAGCCAUCAAGGCCACAUCCCCUGAUGGAGGAGCCAAGUCACGUCGCUCACCUGAGUACACCUGGUCGGUGGAGGUGACCAAAAAGUUCAUCAAGAUGCGAGGGGAAAAACACGCAGAGAUCUCCCAAAAGGGCCACAAUGCAGUGUACCAGGAGAUCUUAGAGAAGCUGGGCAUUGCAGACCGUGUCAAUGUUAUGAUGGCGCGCAAGAAGUGGAACUACUUGGUCAAGAGAUACCAGGAUGAAGAGAUGGCUGGUGGGGAGCGGACUUGGGCCUUCAUGAAGGAGAUGGGACAGGUCAUGAAGCAUUUCCGGGGACCCAAUGUUAAUAAGCUCAAGUCCAGAGCAUCCCCAGAGUUUUUGUGGCCCAAUGAUCUCACAAGAAAGUUCAUUGAGUUAAGGGUUUCUCGCCAUUCUGACUUCAUGGAGGCAGGUAUACAAACAACCUACACAGAAAUCAUGGAGGAGCUUGGUCUUGAGCACAUCCUGAACCCCAACCAGCUGAGGAAAAAGUGGAACUAUCUGGUCGCCAAAUACAAGGAGCUGUCAUGCACCACUGGCCCUGAUGGCAACAGCCCAGCUCCUCACUCCUGGCCCUUCUAUGACAACAUGCACCAGGCCCUCCAGCAGAUCCCUGAGAACACGCUGCAUGGAAAUCGCACAGCAAGGACCAAUUUUGAAAAUAUUUGGACAAAGGAAGUGACCACCAGAUUUAUCCAGCUGCGAGGUGCCAGACACCCAGACAAUACGAAGAAGGUGUCUACAAUAUUUGCGAGUAUUGUGGAGGACCUUGGACUGACGGGCAUUAUCACCCCAAACCAGGCAAGGAAGAAGUGGAACUACCUUUGGAGCAAGUACAUAGACCUGAGUCAUCCUGAUGUGAGUGAGUACACAAGACAGUCAUGGCCAUUCUACAGCACCAUGCAGGCAGUGGUGGGUGCCCUGCCCCUCUCACAAGUCCUCACAAAAAAAGUUUUGACAGAUGACCUUGAAGAGGAGGAGGACCCACAGAAGAAGGUAGUGAAACGGACCCGCCAAUACACAUGCUUUGUGUGUGGCAAGACUGGCAAGAUACUGAACGACUUCUUCAUGUAUGAGCAUGACCAGCGGCUGCUGUACACCCAGAAGACAGUGCUGGAGGUUAUCAGCCAUCUGGUGAACCGCAAAAUGGUCAAUAUGGAGUCCAGCACCUGCCUGUGUUCGGGCUGCACCAACCUGGUCAAUGAGGCAGACUCCGUCAUUCAGCGACACGAUCGUAUCAAGGAAAUGGUGCAGGAGCUCUACUUCAGUGGUUUAGCUCAGGCCAAAGCUGAGCAGCAGCAGCAACAUCAGCAGCAGCAAGAGCAACAACAACAACAGCAACAACAGCCACAACAACAACAACAGCAGCAACAACAGCAGCGGUACUGCAGAGCCAGUGCGGAAGACAGCACAUCGGAGGAGGAAAAGGAGAUAAAGCAGGAGGAGCGGGUGACUUACAGUCAGCGGGGAAGGAAGCGCAAAGCCACUGUUUUGGCUGAUGACACAGAGGUCAAGAUAAAGGCUGAACCACUUGAUGAUGGAUUUGACAGUAUUGAGUGUGAUGUGGACUUUGACGACGACUCUGAAGAUGAACGCAAGAGGAGAAGAACGAAAGGAAGAGCCCGAGGCAAGGCGCGGGGCAGAGCUCGGGGACGCACCAGGGGGAAGGGCCGGCCAGCUGCCAGGUCCACCCUGAUUGGCCGUGGACUGGGAGGUCAGUACCCAUCCACCAACAAAAGAAAGGUCAUCCCCUACAAGGGCCCCAAGAUUUACCACUGUACAGAGUGUGAUGCAGAGUUCAAGAAGUACACUGAACUCAUCACCCACAAGAAGGAUGUUCACACAGUUAUUGACAACACACCCCUUGAAGUGCAAGAAACUAUCCUGGAGAAUGGUGUGAUCACCUACUUCAACAAGGGGAAGGCAAACAACUCGGACACCAGCCAUCCAUGUAGGGAGUGUGACAAGCACUUCCUUCGCAAGGAUGACCUGUGGUAUCACCAGGAGCUGUGCCAUACAGAAGGGAAGGGGCGAGCAAAAACAGCCUUCAAAGACAGGACGUAUGCCUGUGAGGAGUGUGGGGAGACAUUCCUCUUCAAGUACAAGCUCAAGAUGCACAUAAACAGCAAGCACCUGAAUGACACUGGUCAGAAUGCCAAUGACUUUACCUGUGGGGAGUGUGGGUGUAAACUGGGAAGUCUGCCUGGCCUCACAUUCCACAUGAGGAAGCACCACAACAAGAGCCUCACCUACCGCAAGACCACUGAAUACUUGUGUAGUGACUGUGGCUUCAUGGCACCCUCCAACAAAAAACUGAGGGAGCACCAGGAGGCUCACUGUGGCUCCUCAACGAAACCCAAAGUGCAGUGUGAAAUAUGUGGUAAGACUGUACUUAAAGUCUCCUUGAAGAUGCACAAAGUAAAAAUGCACUCUGAAUUCAAGGAGCAGUGUGACAGGUGUGGGGAAAGGUAUGCCACCAAGACGGAUCUCCUGAGGCAUAUCAACGUGGUCCACCUUCGCAUCCUCCUCUACAAUUGCCAGUACUGCGGGGAACGCUUUGCUACCUCGGACGCCCUGCGUUACCAUCGCGUCAAGGUGCAUGAAAAACCCUCUUUCUACUGCCAGAUCUGUGGUAAGUGUUACAAACGUGUUGGGGAGCUUAACACCCACAUAAAACGUGCUCACAAUGACCGUAGGAAGGCAGAGGUUUGUACAUACUGUGGAAAGGAAUACUAUGACCGUAGCAAGCUGCGGAACCACCUGGUGAGUAAACACAAUGUUCCUCAAGAGAUGACUUACUCUGAGAAUUACUUACGAAAGAAGAGGGUGGAUGGUCUGCCACUAGCUAAGCAUUUGGAGAAACGGGUAAGUAUUGACCCUAAAAUGGGGCAUAUGGGUCAGCAGGGGCCGGGUGUGGUACAUCAACAAACACAACCACAACCACAGCAACAACACCAUCAGCAGCAACAGCAACAGCAGCAACAGCAGCAGCAGCAGCAGCAGCAACAACAACAGCAGCAGCAGCAGCAACAACAUCCACACCACCAUACAGUUGUGCCACAACACCCACAACACCCACACAUGCGGCCGGUGGUGGAUGAGGCUGCUGAGGCUGCCCGUAACCUUGGGGCAUACCAGGAGAUCACAACCACAGAGGAUGACAACUCCUUGGUGGUGACUGAGAUCACUGAGGCUCCUGCCCAGGUGGAACCCACAGUGCUGGUGGACCCCCUUGCUGUGCCACAAAGCAUGAUGCACCACCCCCAGGUGGCACACAUGCAACCCCCUAUGACCAUGCACCACCCUAUGCACCAGCAGAUGCACCACCAUGCUGCUAUGUCCCGCCUUGGGGUGCUGUACCACAUGAAUAUGCCACACCCGGGACCCUCACACAUCAACAUGUAAACACUUAACACCAACACAGUCUGGUGCCAAAUCUUAUAUUAAGCUAAGUCUUAAAGAUGAAGUAAAGUUGGGGCAUACAAUAUUGCUGGGUCUUGUGCUGGCGCUCAUCUAUGUCACUUCAACCUUUUAGCCUCUGGUGGGUAAGAACUUGCUAUCCCAGGAUGCAGGGCCAGUGUGACAUCUGGGUUAUCAUGGUUUACCUGCUCCAGAUUUUCACAGAUACCCAUUUGUCAACCAGCCCGAAAGGAGGAUGAAUGGCUGGGUAGGCUGGGCAUUGACUGCAAUGAGCCAGGAUCAAAUCCAGGUCUGCAGAUUAGUAUCUAGGCGCAUGUGCCUCCAUUGUGAUGUGGAUAGCAAGCCCAGCUAUAAAACUGUGCCCCUGGGUUCGAUCCUAGCAUCGGGCAGUCAUUCUCUCUUUCUGGAUGGUUGAUAAAUGGGUAUCUGGGAGAAUCUGAUGAAGGUCAACUGUGGAAACCCAGAUGGCACACUUGCCCUGUGUUCUGGUAUAGUGGGUUCUUAUCCACCAUAGACUCAAGGGCCAAUAACAGAGAUGAGCACUGAGGCCAUGCACAGUUUAGCGUAUGCCCCUAAUUUUACCUUUACAUGCUAAAUAACACACCAUAAAGUUGAGGAAACAUUAUGGGGGGGAAGAAGUAUUAUGAAAUUAGCAAAUUUUCCUUCCAUGGUCUUCACUUCCUGUUUGCCAGACAGGACAGGUAAGUGCAUAACCAACCUUGCUCAUAUCCUAUAUGAGCUUCAAUAAGAUAGGAUUAAGUAACAUUAGGGAGGGAGGUGUUUGGGUGCAUGUUUGUAUUUACAUGUCCAUGUCCAUUUCUCCUUGUGUUUGUGAGGAUGUACUCAGGUGUGGCUCGGCUUUGUGAUGUGACUUUGUGACAUGACUGAAUGCUUGAGCUGUUGGGGGGGUGGUGAGUGUUUUUGAGUGCGUGUCCAGUGGAGUGUGGUGGCUCAGGGGUGAACUUUAUAUUUACUAGACACAUGGGGUUGGGCAAGAAGACACCCUUGCACAGAUUUCGUAAGUACAAAACAUAACCAUAAUACUAUAGGCAUUAAUUAUAUAUUGGAAAAUCAUGUAGGAUGAACUGAAUUUUCACUGAACUUGUGAAGUCUAAAUUAAUUUAAUAUCAAAAUAUUUAGUAACAAGGAUAAUAUAAUAAACUAACUUCAUUGAUAAUUCCAUCAGCAAAGGUAAGUGAUAACCUCUUAUUAGUGUUACUAAGUGGGUGGGUUUGCAGCCUACUGCUGUUGCAGUGUUCCUGGCCACUUGAUGGUGACACAAACAAACCUCUGCCUCACUACUGCUAUGCACAUCUAGGGACUCCCGCCUGACACAACUUACUGCAGCUGUACUCCUUCUGGAGCCAGGCCUAGUGUCUGAGAGUCAAUAGUCAGGUCAGAUGUUCUACCUCCAUUUACAUUUGUAUAUUUAAAAAAUUAAGGAAAUAUAGAAUUAAAGGCAAAGUCCCAGUUUACAUGACUUAUUUCUUUAUAUUCUUAAUAUAAUAAGGAAAUGCAUAAAUCCAUGAAUAGAAUAAUUUGGUGAAGUAUAUCUGUAUUUUAGUUUAUUAAUAUUUAUUGAAAGAAGUAAGACUUUUCUUUGUAACUAGAAUGUUAUGAUCCCAAUGGUAUGUAAAAUUCCUGUCUAUGGUUUGCAGUGAUCAUUAAGCAGUGACAUCACAGUGGAAGUACACUGAAGUAUUUUUUUUACCUUUGGGAGACAUUCUUUCCUUAGUUGGUCGGGACUGCCUGGGUGUGGGGCUGGGAAGAGUGUGAAGCCGGGAAUUCACAAUGACUGGCUUCAUGACAGCUCUGUUGUACUGAUAUUGUAAGUCAUUCAAAAGAGAGAUAUAUAAAUUUUAAGUAAUUUAUUUUAUAUAACUACAUAAUAUUCAGGACCAUUCCUCUUGUAAUACACUUCCAUUUAUCACUAGGUAUUAUUGCAAGGCAACAUUUUCAGUUGAUUGUGAACAUUAUUGAUAUGGUUGUGCUUUCAAUGAUAUUUAAAUAUUGCUUUCCUUACUGAAACAGCUAUGUAUUUGUCACAGUUACUGGUUGAGUUUUGUUACCAGGAGAGUAUGGCAUGCAAUAUACCUUACAUCUAUGUACUUGACUUUAAUAUGCUUUGCCUAGUGAGUGCCCUCAGGAUUUUGUAAUAUUGUUUUGAGAUACACUGAUGCUAUGAGGGUUUGGCAUACAACACUUGCUCCUCCUUAGGAAAUGUUCUAUAGUAUUAAAAUUGGUAUAUUUAUAUUUCUACAAAGAAUAUUCACAGAUUUAUUGAAUUUCUGUAACCUGAAUAAUCUCUUACUAACUUGAAUAUUCUUUUAACAUUUAUCCUAAACAGAAGUGUGUGCCUUUGCAACAGGUGCUGUUCCAUCCAAAUUAAUACUACUAUUUUAUACAAUAUGGAUCAUUAUUGUCCACGAAAUAUGUCUAGAAACACAAGACCCAGCCGCUUAGACUCCAGUGUGGAUCAUGUACUUUACUUAAACAUUCUUGUUCUGUACCCAACCUUUUUUUUCUCAGCCAUGUAUUAUUAAGGUUGUUCAAUAUCAUCAACAAGGGGAAAUAAAGAAUAUAUUGCACUUACGAAA